AUGACACGAAGAAAUGAGAAGAAUGUUACCCCCAAGGAUCGUCGCAUGGCAAGCACUCUCAUGGCAAAGAGCCCUAUCGUCAAGAAACACGUCAAGUCUCCCUGGAGCAAGGAUGCAUUGCCUGGGAUCGGCAAAAAAAUUCCAGUCCCCUAUCCCAUCUACUCCUCGUCCUCCCCUGUGGUGAACGCCAAGAAGAAAGCUGCACCAAGAUACUUCCAAGAGUUCACAGAUCCGUCCUUGCAGGCAACGAGCCUGGAUCACAAGCCCGCGUUGCCCAAGAUUCAUCCGCUGGACAUGAAUGCUGUGACUCGCCUGGGAGGAAAUGAAAGCGCAGAGCAGCAUAGGAUGAGGAGAAACAGGAUCGCAAAGAUUCGAGCCAGCUUCCCGUCAGCUCAUGCGCAAGAGGACGUGAGCGAGACGAGCCGUCUUCGACCGUCAGGUCCAGGAGUCUCCCUGCAGGAGCGGGGAUGGAAGAAGACGACGAGAAACUCGGUGGACGUCGCAGAGUGGAUGCAAAUCUCCUACGAUAAGAGCUUUUAUUCUGUUGAUCAGAAGAAAGAGGGGCUGUUGUUCCCCUUGCAUGCAAGAAAGACUCGAUUGUCUGUUGAGCUGCAAGGAGAGACGAAACGUGUGAUGCAUCGGCAGCACAACCAGGCAGAUACAAGGGUCAGCAAGGAAGACUCGAUGGCAGGAGGGAGAAGGAGCAAGCGCAUCGCAGUGGAGGAGAAGUCGACAGGGAUAACACCCACAUUCCGAAGUCUGGACGUCGGAAAGAAGGGGGGAACGUUGUUGAGUGCCAUAGCUUCCGAAUCAGAUCGAGGAGCUAUUUCAGCGAGGCUGACGGUAGAGCAAGUGCUGGACUUCCUGGUCUCGGAGAUCAGGUCAAGGUUUGCAAUGACCAUCCCCGAGCCCGCCGAGCUGCUUGAGCGCAACAGAGAGCAGGUCCAACGAUGGUCGGAGGGGGCAGAAGGCUGUCACACGCUCUCCUUUGUCGUGCAGGCACUUGCGCGUGUUUCCUUGUACUCGUCUUAUGUCGUCCUAGAGGAGAAAAGAGAGACGAACAAGCGACCAUCCAAGAUCUGGAAGAAAGUGAAAGUAGCCAGCAGGUUGAAAGGAGGACAUGCAGCAUCAGCGGAUGAAGAGAAUAUUGAGCCGACCGAGUCGAGUGAGACGAAACAGCAGCAGGAAGAGCAGGAGAGCAACGACACUUGCUCGGAGUUGCCGACCGUGAUGAAGGGACCAGGUUUUCGAUCGAUCAAGUUCAAGAGAAUGAGUCUGACGGGACUGAGCAAGUUUUCAGACAUCGCUGUAGUAUGA